AAAACAAGAAGAAGAAGUACCGGAAGUCCGACUUGCCUCCGUUGGCCGUGCUCCUUCUCUGUGCAGUAACAGUAACACUUUACGUCUAGUAAGUGAUGCAUUUCAAGGCUGGACUUUUUCUACCAUGCCCAGUCGCUGUGCCGUGCUGUAAACUAUUAUUAACGUACAUUUUAGUUGAAGGUAAUCUCUGACUUACGUGAGGUCUGAGCUUGUUUUCCGCUACCUACCGUACAGCUAGCGUGUUAGCUGCAAAGCCGACAAACACAGCCACCUGACAUUUACACUUCUUCAAGGCUUUUAUUGGAAAUGAACAGGACUUAAAUCCACAGGGAUUACUUUCUUUUCAAAAUAGUUAAUCACCGGGUUGCCCUGCGACUCAAUGCCCGAAGAAGGACCGAGGAUGAAUGGGUUUUCUCUCGGUGAACUCUGCUGGCUCUUCUGUUGUCCACCCUGCCCCAGCCGCAUAGCGUCCAAGCUAGCUUUCCUCCCCCCGGAGCCCACAUACUCUCUACACAGCGAUGCUAACGGGGGGACUAGCUUACAUUUAACAGAGCGGGCGGACUGGCAGUACUCCCAGAGAGAACUUGAUGCAGUUGAAGUGAUUAGCACCAGAAGCAGCCGGGGUAACCGAGUAGGAUGCAUGUUUGUGCGCUGCGCCCCGAACAGUCGGUACACUCUGCUGUUUUCCCACGGUAACGCCGUGGACCUGGGCCAGAUGUGCAGUUUCUACAUCGGCCUCGGAUCCAGAAUCAACUGUAACGUGUUCUCCUACGAUUACUCAGGCUACGGAGUCAGCACUGGUAAACCCUCAGAGAAGAAUCUCUAUGCAGACAUCGAGGCGGCCUGGCAGGUGCUGAGGAACAAGUAUGGCAUAACACCUGAGAACAUCAUCCUGUAUGGUCAGAGCAUUGGCACUGUUCCAACCAUUGACCUGGCUUCUCGCUAUGAGUGUGCUGCUGUCAUUCUCCAUUCACCUCUCAUGUCAGGGCUACGGGUGGCCUUCCCUAACACAAGGAAGACCUACUGCUUUGAUGCCUUCCCCAGCAUAGACAAGGUGUCCAAAGUUGCCUCCCCAGUGCUGGUGAUCCAUGGUACAGAGGACGAGGUGAUAGACUUCUCACAUGGCCUGGCAAUGUAUGAGCGCUGCCCCCGUGCUGUGGAGCCCCUGUGGGUUGAAGGAGCGGGACACAAUGACAUUGAACUGUAUGCCCAGUAUCUUGAGAGACUCAAGCAGUUUAUCUCCUUUGAGCUUCCUACCUCCUGAGUGGACCUCAGCCCUCAGGUCUGGGUUCAUCUACAAAAUCUUAUGAAGCCAUCUCAUAAUCAUCUCUGAAGUUCCUCUCUAAGCAUUCAGGCAUGACUAGAGUAAACUGACCACUUGGUUUCAACUGUCAUUGGAGAAUAUAAAGUUGACUGAAAGAGGUGAUUUAAGAUUGUUGAACUGCAGCUGUGGGAAGGACCAGUUUGGACAGAAGCAUAAUGGCUUUACAUGUAGCGUCCUCAAAACUUGGCCGGUUCUUUUACAUGUGCAUACAGUUUACCAGUGAACCCCAGCCUGAAGUUUGCACUGCAGUGUCUCCAUCCAUUCGCAUCCACAUUUACUUGGUCUUAUAUCUUUUUAUUCAACAGAUCACCAUCAAUUUAUUUUUGACUGAGACUUUUUUCAGCAUUGAAACUUGAUUGUUUUGUAUUCUCUUUGUAAAAUCUGACAAAUAACUAUCAAAAUGCUUUUGCAGAUGAUUCUUUCCCCGGUUAAUUUAAAGUUACCAAUCAGGGUUAAUUUAAGAUUUGCAUUUCAAUGUGCAGAUAUUCAGGAGAGUUUUUUUCUGUUUGUGAUAUGUCUGUGUUGAUGUCAUUGGUUAUCAGCAUUCCAUGUUUUUUAAAUGCAGCUUCAGAAACUGUUUUUUAAGUGGGUUUCAACCCAGGUGAACUGCAGCUGUGAUCUUUGUAGUCCUGAUGCAUGUUUCUCUCUCAUACAGGGAGCUGGAGGGAUGAAAACUGGCUACUAACGAUAAUCCUGCCAUGAUGGCAAAAACACAGACUAUUUAGGAAAAAAUCACUUAAGUCCUUGAACAUUGUCAUUUUCAGAAUGCAGAUAUUACCUUCAGCACUAACUUAAAAAAAAUACUGUCUGUUACUGACUACUAUACAUUUUACACAGCGUUAAAGAGCAGUUUUAUCUUCAACGUGCUAAAUGCUUUGAUUGCAUUGAUCGGUUCUUAUUCUAUAUUGAAUGUAAUAAUUUAACAAAUGAUUAACAUGAUUUGUAAAUGCCUCAGCAGUAGGGUUGGGUGAUGUUAACCAAAAGUGAUAUUUAAGUAAAGCCCGGUGUACACUGUACAACGAACAAUAAGAGCAUAGCCACAAGCCCAUUCUCUGACUUCAGGCCUUUUGUUCCUGAUAACAUCUGCGCAAAAAUGGUCAGAUAGCGUCUAAAAACACCAUGAAACAGCAGAUGUUUCCCCCCUCAUAUCAUGAAAACUAUGAACAAGAGAAACACUGGCAGGAAAUGGCUGCAUAGCUCUGUAUUUGUUAGCAGUGUGUGUGUGGGUGCGUGUGAUAGAACGAGCGUUUCUGAUAUCUGUAUUUGAGCCGUAUACGAGACGUCUCAAAUACAGAGCUCACUUCAACUCUGUCCCAAUUGAACUCGUACAGUGUGAGCUUUGAUCAGGCAUUGUGAAGGCUUCAGCCGAACAGUCAGUGUGACUUUUAUACAGUGGUAAAGUAAACGCCAGGCUUUAGAGAAAUGGUACAUCUCAGUUUUCUACAAAUGGACUCUAGGGCUUCAUGUUAAGUCAUAACUGUAAAAAAGCUGGUGCUGACAAACAAUUUGCACUAAAGUUGUCCCUAAAGCUGUUAAUACAUGGAAUGGAGCUUCUAUAUUACUCCAUCAACCCAAACUAAACUGUUAUCUCAGCUUAGACUCCUUCAGUGUUCAUUGUGUACAGAGAAUAGAGUUCUCAGGGGAUAAAGAUCAAAUCAAAAAUAACAUUUUCCUGAUAAUGCUCCAGACUUUAAGGUGUUGUGUUGUCUUUGGCUGGAUUUGUUUUGCUAAUGUCACAAACUAAUGUUGGGAACUCCCCCUUAAUAAAGAUGUAAGGACUUGCUCUGCUUUAUAGAAACAAAAUAACUGUUUUAUUUGACACAUUGUGUUUAUAUGAACUGUAUUGCUUAACCUUAAAUCGUGCAGAGAAAUAGUUACGUAAUAAUAUAACCCCCAGCCCGUCUUAGCAGUUCCUCUUAACAUUCCAUCAUCUUGUGAAGCUUUUGUUGAAAAAGUGAUUUUGUUCCACAAUCCAGACUUUAAUUACUUUUUUUAUCGUGUGCAUCAUUUUGUUUUUGCAUUACAAUUCUGUCAUGUAUCUGUAGAUUGUGCCACUACAACUGAAACAUUUGCAACUAAGUAAUGCAACAAGAAGUCUCCACAUAUUGGUUCUACAAAGACCUGGCUAAAAGAGAGAGAAGCAGGUAUCAGGGCUAUGCUUUGGUUACUGCAGAUCAUGUGAAGACUCGCCUGCUGUUUUACACGAUAACAGACUUGAAGGUCUUAGCUGUUGUUGGUUAGAGUAUGUACUGAAUUUAUCAGUUGUUUUGUGGUAGAAAUAAAGCCUUAUGUUUACAGACAUUUCUCAGUCCUGCAGACGACAGCAGGACUCUUGUGUUCCUCAGGAGGACUGAUAACUGCUGCUAUUCUUUGGAGGAGUCAAUCACUGUGACAGCUAGAUUGCAUGGGGGGGGGGGACUGAAAUGACAGCAAAUUACCUACACCAAAUUUAGCCUGACCACUGUCAUGCCUUUUUUUUUUUUUUUUUGGCAAUGUGUUUCUGCCUGCAGUAGCCAGGGAUUUGAGCAGAAGUAUUGUCUGGGAGAGUAGCCUUUGUCCCAACUCAAACUCCACGGGUCUCUGUAAGAACCGCAAAGGCAGAUGGGAACAUAUUUAAUCACCUGUAAUAGCUGAACAUUUCAACUUGACUUAUCUGUAUCUUUUUCCCCUGCAAAUAACUAAAACCUAGAGAAAAAUAUGUAAAGACAAAAAGUGAAGUAUAUAUAAAUAGUUCACAUUGAAGUGAAACACGAGAUGAUUGAAAGACUUUCUAUAGAGCUAGUUGCUGAACAUUUUGUUUGGAGGAUUGUUUUUUAGGGACGCUCAGCGACUUGCGAUGUAUGAUUGAUCAGUGUAUUGCUGUGAAAUGAUUUGUCAGUGGGAUAUUGAUGUUUUCUGACUAUUGUUGGGCUUCUGUUAUUUGAACAACAAGCCUUCAGUCAUCUCUUUUACAUUUUCACCGGCUCCUCUUUAAAGGAAAUGAAGACCCUUCUUUAAUGUUGAUUAUUGUUUUGCUACUGACAUUUGUACACAACUUUCCGGUCUAAAUGUUGAUAGAUUUACACUGAGCUCUCCAGAGCUGGUUUGUAUUCUAAAUCUUUGUUAUGGUCUAAUUCAAUAUCUUCUCUAUACAUAUAAGCUUAUACACAGGGUGGUCGUGUGUCAUUGAUUUUAAUCAUUGAAAUUGCCAUAUACAAAUAAAGGCAAAUGAAGUUUGUGGAAUCUGACUUUGUUCAUGUGUAAAACUUAAAUGAAGCCUUAAACAUGUCAUUAAACAGAUUGCUCUGGUUUUUCCCAAGAAGGUGGAAAAAAUGAUAUUUUAAUGGUAACAUGGAAUAAAGGGUGCAUGGAAAUGUG